AGUGAUUCUGAUAUACCAGCCAAUAAUGGUGGAACCAGUGAAGCUUAUUGGAGGCUUUGGCAGCCCGUUCGUCCACCGCGCCGAGGUCGCCUUGCGUCUCAAAGGAGUUCCCUACGAGCUCAUCCUAGAGGACAUGACUAACAAGAGCGAGCUGUUGCUGAAGCACAAUCCCGUCCACAAGAAGGUCCCUGUGCUCCUCCACGGGGACAAGGCUGUCUGCGAGUCUCUCCUCAUUGUCGAGUACGUCGACGAGGCCUUUGACGGGCCACCUAUCCUGCCGACUGACCCUCAUGAAAGGUCUGAGGCCCGCUUCUGGUCCAAAUUCUUUGUGGAAAAGUGCUUGAUGUCCCUGUGGCUAGCGCUGUGGACGGAGGGCGAGGAGCAGAAGGUCUUUAUUAUGGACGCAAAAGAGAACCUCACGCUAGUGGAGGCACAACUCAAAGAGAAGAGGUUCUUUGGAGGCGCCACAAUUGGCCUCGCCGACAUCGCCGGUGCCAGCCUACUGUCUCGCUGGGCAAGCGUGAUGCAAGAGGUCGCUGGGGUGAGGGUGAUGACGGACGAUGAGUAUCCUGCUAUCCACCGGUGGAUCGAGGACUACAACGCCGACGAAGCUGUCAAGGAGUGCUUGCCGGACAGAAACCAUCUCAUCUCCUACUUCACCAUGAUCAGGGGAAAGUGUAUCUCCGCGGCCAAGUCCAUGCUACCCAAUUAUCUAGCCAAGAAAUAGUCUAAUCUGGUAGGUUUUGUCAUGCUUGUGGCUUGAAUCAACAUGAAGAUGAGUUAAAAAAAGAGAAGGGGGAGCUGCCGGCAAGUUAUUGUUCCAUGUCACUGUGCUUAGAGUUGAUUUGGUUAUUAAGGAAUAAUAUACUUUCCAGUGA